AUGUCUUCAAGAUCAUCUAAAACUUCUUCUUUCAAGCAUUUCACUACUGCUGAUAGUUCUCUGUUAAGCUGCAGACAUAAAUCAGAUCAUAAACAUGAGAAUGGUGCAGAUACUGAAAUGGUUGAUGUCAAUCUUACUGCUGAAAUUCAUAUCAUGAAUGAUAAUAUCAGUGACAAUAAUGGUCUCAGUGAUGCAGAGCCAGAGCCUAUGCUCCAACUUUCAAUAUUCAUUGAAAAAUUCAUUAUUAUUGCUGAGAAACUUCUUAAGAAAUCUAUCAUCUCUGUCAAGAAAUCCAUCAUGAGCUCUGUCAUUCAAAUCAAAAAGUCCACUGUUCUGUCUGCUGAUAUCAAGAAAUCUGUUGUGAACUCUGUUAUUUAA